GCUGCUGCUGCCGCCGCCGCCUUCCUUUGACAGAGCGAGUCAGGCGGGGCGCAGCCAUGGCGAAGCACACGGUCUCCUCCGCGCGCUUCCGCCGGGUGGACGUGGACGAGUACGACGAGAACAAGUUCGUGGACGAGGAGGACGGCGGCGACGGCCAGGUGGGCCCCGACGAGGGCGAGGUGGACUCGUGCCUGAGGCAGGGGAACAUGAUGGCUGCAUUACAGGCAGCUCUGAAAAAUCCUCCAAUCAACACCAAGAGUCAAGCCGUAAAGGAUCGUGCAGAAAGUAUUGUCCUGAAGGUUCUCAUCUCUUUCAAAGCCAAUGAUAUUGAAAAGGCAGUACAGUCUUUGGAUAAGAGUGGAGUUGAUCUCUUAAUGAAAUACAUCUACAAGGGUUUUGAGAGCCCAUCUGACAACAGCAGUGCUGUUUUACUACAGUGGCAUGAAAAGGCUCUUGCUGCUGGAGGUGUAGGAUCCAUUGUUCGUGUCUUAACUGCCAGGAAAACAGUUUAAGUCCAGCAAAAAUUGCUCCUUCUACCAUGGGUGUGGGAAAUGCUCAUACAAAGACCAAAACAACCAAAUGCCAUCACCGCCCUGUGGGUAGCAUCUCUCUUUCUUUCAGCUUGCCUUCUUGCUUUUCAUAUCUGUGGCAUAAUAUACAUAUCAGACUUCUUUUGUUAAAUGUUGGAUAAUUCUAUAAGUGCAAUUUUUUUUUCUAAAAUGAGUAUCUGGUACUCACAAAGCAUUUCAGUGACACAUGUACAAGUGUUUGCAUAGGAUAAUUUCAAAAAAUCAUGACAAUAUACAGCCUUCCUUCCCCAUUUUUGGCCAGAAACUCUGAGCAGAUGGUGGGGAUUGAGGUCAGUUUUAAAUUCUUUAGCUGUUUGGGCAGCAUUCCAUGUAAACUGCGUUGAUACGGGACAGCUUACAAAUAACAAACUGGACUUUACAUUUUCUAGUCAAUGUCUAACUUUACAGCAGUUGGCAAGGAUCUGUCGAGUCAAGUUGCUCAUUGCUGGGUUUUCAUAAGUGCCCUGCACUUUUCUUUGCAAACCUUUUUACAUGAGGAAUCCACAAGUGGAGAAUGUCAUUGUUUCUGUGAUAAUCCACCAAGCAAAGGGAACAGGGAAAACAUUUUGGAACUCUGCAUAAUAGCAGCUGCCUCUGAAUAACCUAACAAGUGUACACUGAAGUAAGGGCAGAAUUACACAUUGCACUUGACGUGGGACUGCUGCCAACAAUAAGGUCUUCAUGUCAAGUUUCCUUCUCCCCGUAACUUUUAGAGUCUCUUGACACAUGCCCUGAUGUCAUGUGUUUCCCUGUCUUCAUCACAUCAUUGCCUGCUAUUGGAAUGAAAAUUUGGCAUAAGAUCAGGACAUGGGAAAAGUAUCCUAUACUGCCGAGGUCGGGGGGACAAAACAUGAGAGUGCCUAUUUUGGUGUUAGCCUCAUAUCAAAUCUAAUGUAUAGUUUUAUUCUAAGUUGCAAGCGUUUCUUGAUCAGUGUUCAGCUAGUGGGACCUAGAAAAUCUUAACCUCUAUUCCUAAUAUGGUUAUGUUCCAUGUUGUAUUAAGGGAGAAAGUACUGACCAAUAAAAAAGUGCUUAAAAAAAAAAGACUUUCUAGGAGAUCAUUUGCAUUCCAGACCUGGAAACAGCUUGAAUGUGAAUGGCUUAGGAGCAAAGUUGACCAGUGUGUUUAGUUUAUACUUAAUGCCAGUUUUGUAUCACAAAACUGGAAAGGAAUUAUAAAAUGCUGCUCAUUUUUAUACCUGCUUUUUUUUGUAAAAUGAGAAAUCGAAAAUAAAAUGGUCACUGCUAAAUAUUUUAA